AUUUUCAUCAAAACUUUGUUGAAGUUUUAAAGAAUUAAUUUUCUUGCACAAAAAAAUUACAGGUUCAAAUUUUGUUUUCGAAAAUACUCUAUUCAAUAUUAGUAAUGGCUCAAAGUUAUUUGAGAACCAUGGAUGUAUUAAAAAUCAUGAAAAAAAUAUAUUUAUAGAAGAUGUGAAAGUGUAUUUUUGGAUGCUUUGUGAUUAAUUUCUUAUAAUGGCAUUGAAGACUGAAUCAAGUUAUAUUGACGAAAGCAUUGGUCUUAAGGUUGAAGGGGAGCUGGGUGACUUUCAAAUAAUUGAGGAAGUUAGCGACAGUGACGAUGCUGACAAGACUGUUAAUGAAAGUUCAUGGGCAGUUGACACUGUGCCUAGUAUACCGUCAAGUUUAGUUAAGCCUAGUAGUUCUCCCAUAGGUAAUGUAGCUGUGAGUAACUCUGAAAAUGUUGUAAUAGGGAAUAACACUUACUUCAAUGGUCCUGUGAUAAUAAAGCAAGUGAUCCAGAAUGUUCCGGGUAUAGAUAAUCCUUCUUAUUCCAAAACUGAGGAUGAAGAUGACUCUGAAGGGAAGUACCAUGACGGUUCACAGAGCAACAAAAAACAAACAUCAAUCAAGAAGUUUCAACUACGAAAAUGGCAUAAAGUUACAUUUAGUGCCUUAUGUGUUCUCAUCCUUGGUGGUAUAUUCGCAGUAUUAUCUAUAAUACUAAGCAGCAACAGUCAAGAUGAUAAUUCAUCUUCCAAAUUAGGGGAGAAAGAUUCUUCUAGUGUAUCAAACUUCACAACGGUGGUGGGAAUGUUGUAUAAGAAUAUAAACCUUAUUAUAAUUACUGUUAUUUUGAUGCCUAUAACAUGCCUGUUGACAUUCUAUACAUUACUAACAUUGGAUGACUGUGGUAACAAUAGGACUGAGAUCAAGCAGAAACGUAGAAAAAAAGUCAGAGACUAUGAUGACAUACAAGAUUAUGAUUAUUCUCGCAAGCCUGUUAAGAAAGAGAAUCCAUUGUUGAUCGCUCCGGAUCACCUAAGGAUAGUACCGAGGACUGACUGGUUGGCUCAGCCGGUUGAGAAACAAUUAAAUAAGAUAAGGCAGCCAGUACCGUGGGUCAUAAUAUCACACACAGCCACGGAAAAUUGUAGUACACAGAGCGAGUGCAUUCUUCGAGUACGCCUCAUACAAAUGUUUCACAUUGAGUCGAGGAAUUGGGACGACAUUGGCUACAACUUCUUGGUGGCCGGGGACGGCUCCGCAUACUACGGUCGCGGCUGGGACUACAUCGGGUCCCACACCCUCGGCUAUAACAAAUACAGUAUAGGUAUUAGUUUUAUAGGCACGUUUAACAACGACCCGCCGCCGAAAAAACAGUUGGAUGCGUGCAUAAAACUUCUCAAACGGGGCGUGGAAAUAGGCAAGCUCGCCAAAGACUAUAAAUUGUUUAUACAUCGACAGCUAGCCUCCACUCUCAGUCCUGGUGACAAAUUAUGUGAAAUUAUCAAAGAGUGGCCUCAUUUUGUAAAGAAUUUUACAGACAUAUCUGAACUGAUUCCAAAUUAUUAAGUUUAAAUAUAGCUUUUGUUUUAUAAAAGAUCAAAUUAUGUAUACUCUGUCCGUUUUAUAAGUUACCUUCGGCAGUUACCAGAGAUGGUUUAUUUUUAAUGCGGGGUAACAAAAAUGGAACUGUCUAAAUAAUUGUGUUUGAAAUGUCGAAAAGUAUGUUUUAUUAUUAUUUUUAGUAUUGUUUAUUUCGAUGCAUCAAAUCGGUUUUUGAAUAAUAAUAAACUCGAAUUUUACUCUUAAGUCGUAUCAGCAACGUGUUAUCCGUAACUAUUUUGUUCAUUUUAUGGCCUGCCCAAAGGCAACUUUUAAAACACAGAGUAUUAACUCAAAAGCGUCACGUUCGCUCGUUUCGUGAUCCUCUUGAUAGUUUUUAAGUAAAAGGUGCUGGGCAUUGGCAAUUGUAAAGAGGCGUAUUUUAUAUAUAAAUUUUAAUUAUAUUUUUGUACCUACAGAUACUAGUCACAUUGGUAUUUCAGAAAUUUCGAAUUUAUUUAAUGACACGUUACCAAAUAAUGUAAAAAAGAUUAUUAGCUAACUCAAGCUUUGUGUAUUUUCAACUGACGUCUUGUGAACCCGUUAUAUAAUUGAAAUAUGCAUAAUAUGUACUGCGGCCUAUAGAAAAUAGUAUUUCACUAUGUUCGCCAAAUCGCUUAAAAAUCUUAUGGAAGGACUUAUUGAAUUGAUGUAUUAAUGUUGUGACAUCAGACAUUUUAUCACAAAAGUGAUUUCUUUUUUACCAAUAGAGCGUAAACAAAUAAAAAGCGUAAAAAACAUUAAUUCCGGAACCUAACGUGAUUUAUGAAGAAGAAAUAUUAUUAGAGAAGACAAUUUAAAUUGUCAAUUGACACUUAAAAUUUAUUUCAAACUGUAUAAUUUGUCUCUUAUGUCUUAACCACGAACUCUUGCCAUAUUAUUCAUUUUAAUAACUAUUUUGAAUUUAAAAUAUUGUAAAUAAUAAUUAAAAAAAAACAAAUAUUAUAUUGUGUAGAUCAGAUAGAAUUUUGGUUGUCUUGACCUUUUAAUAAUUUUUGACAACUACGAAUGAUACGCGAAAUGGUUUAAAGGAAAUAACUUAAUACGCUUAACACAUUGAAUAAUUUAUAACAACAUUAAUU